AUUGUUUCUUUCCAGCGAGGUGCAGGUAAAAGUACACCGCAUGCAUGCUUGGUGGAGAAUACGACAUGGAACCUUAUUGAGGAUAUUGAAAAGCUAAGGGAGCACUUGGAAAUUCCAGAAUGGCAGGUUUUUGGCGGUUCAUGGGGAAGCACGCUUGCUCUUGCCUAUAGCCAAUCACAUCCGGACAAGGUCAUGGGCAUGGUCCUGAGAGGGAUUUUUCUAUCGCGCCAGAAAGAAAUUGAUUGGUUUUAUGAGGGUGGUGCAGCUACUAUAUUCCCUGAUGCCUGGGAGCCAUUUAGAGAUCUUAUUCCAGAAAGUGAGAGGGGGUGUUUCGUUAAGGCCUAUCACAAGAGGUUAAACUCUGAUGACAAGGAAACA